AUGGCAGAUUGGCAACCUAUUCCUGGAAAAACAUAUCGCUACAGACCAAAGGGAAAAGAGCUUAUAUUUGAAAAUAUUGAGCUAAAAGAAUGUGUUGGACGAGGAAACUUUGGUGAUGUUUAUAAAGGAGUAUCUGUGGCCACAGGCGAAGUUUUUGCAAUCAAGGCAAUAAAUUUGGACAGCUCGGAUGAUGAUAUUCCAGUUUUGUUACAGGAGAUAUCUUUGUUGAGAGAGCUUAAUUGUCAAUAUAUUACCAAAUGGUAUGAUACCUGUGUGGAAGACGUAACCAUGUUUAUUAAAUUAGAAUUCUGUGGUGGUGGGUCCUGUACCGAUCUUUUGAGAACUCAUAAGCAAUUACCUGAAACAGCAGUUGCCUUUAUUAUAAAAGGAGUACUUAAAGGAUUAGAGUAUUUACACCACGAGGGAUUCAUACACAGAGACAUCAAGGCUGCAAACAUAAUGUUAACCGAAGAUGCCAAUGUUAAGUUGGGUGACUUCGGUGUCAGCGGAAAAUUAGCUCGUGCUUCUAAAAGAAAGACGUUUGUUGGAACACCUUACUGGAUGGCACCUGAGAUAGUUCUCAGAAAAAACGGGUACAAUGAAAAAGUCGAUAUUUGGUCUUUGGGAAUUACCGUGAUCGAACUAAAAACAGGAAAGGUUCCACAUGCUGAUGAAGAGCCAAUGAAGGCUUUAUAUCAAAUGUGCAAAAGACCACCACCUACUUUGGUUGGAAACGAGUACAGUCAAUACAUAAAAGAAUUUGUUUCUGCUUGCCUAAAGAAGAUGCCAGAAAAUAGACCAAGUGCACAUGAACUUUUGAAAAUGCGGUUUAUAGCUAGGACAAGGUUUAAGGUAAAUCCUUUAAGUCAAUUAAUUCAAGAGCAGCUGGACUAUGCAAAAAUAAGACCCAGAAAACGUUCCCCAAAGCAUCCGUUGGAAUUAUAUACCAGACACUUUGGUCCUGGUAUCACGUGGAAUUUUCUUUUAACAAGCAAGUAUAGCACUUUUGAAAAUAUACAAAAUUUGAAGGAAAACUUCGGUGACAUUACAAAAUCAGCACCAGGAAUAAGCAGAAAAAUAGAAUAUAAUAACGAUGGAUCAAAAAUUGACCCAAGUCCACAAGAUAUUGGUCCUCUUAUCGAAGCGCCGAAUACGGUAAAACGGACGGGUCACGUGCAGGCAAAAAUAAUUGAUUCUGUCAUAAGUCAUAUCUUAUCAGAACAUAGAUUGAUAAAUUCCUCGGCUACAUUUAGUGAUGGUGAAAUGAAAUUUAUAAAGACUUUGGAUAAAUUCAGGGAAAUUAUGCUCCAGCUUGAUUGCAUGCAUCCCAAGUUUUUAAAGUCGCUUUGUUUAGCAUACAUUAGUGCCGUGUGUACUUAG